AUGAUUGAUGAUUUGAUGAUGAUGAUGAUGAUGAUGAUGAUGAUGAUGAUGAUGAUGAUGAUGAUGAUGAUGAUGAUGAUGAUGAUGAUGAUGAUGAUGAUGAUGAUGAUGAUGAUGAUGAUGAUGAUGAUGAUGAUGAUGAUGAUGAUGAUGAUGAUGAUGAUGAUGAUGAUGAUGAUGAUGAUGAUGAUGAUGAUGAUGAUGAUGAUGAUGAUGAUGAUGAUGAUGAUGAUGAUGAUGAUGAUGAUGAUGAUGAUGAUGAUGAUGAUGAUGAUGAUGAUGAUGAUGAUGAUGAUGAUGAUGAUGAUGAUGAUGAUGAUGAUGAUGAUGAUGAUGAUGAUGAUGAUGAAAGAGUUCAACAGGAUUGAGAAUAUUGUUAUGUUUCAUAAGUUAUAUCACACACUGACCUUGAAUUCUUGA